AUGCCGCACUGGACUGCUCUAGUCGCAGAGAAGAAGCAAAGGCAGCUAGAAUCCAUUCCACAGGAGUGGAUUGUGACUCCACCUCCAGACUCUACUCUGGACGUGACUGAAUUUCCAGAGACGUGUGGCCUUCUAAACGCAAGAGAAAUUGAGAUCACCAAUACUUCAGUGCAGGUUUUGUUAGAGAAACUUGCACGUGCGGAAUGGACAGCCGUAGAUGUGACCACUGCGUUCUCCAAGAGGGCCAUUAUUGCCCAUCAACUUGUCCAUUGCUUGACAGAAAUAUUUGUUGAUCGUGCGUUAGCCCGAGCGGCCGAACUUGAUGAUCACUUGAAGAAGACAGGGAAGGUCGUUGGUCCCCUUCACGGCCUGCCAAUUUCUCUGAAGGACCAACUAUGUAUCAAGGGACUGGAAACCACUAUUGGGUAUGCUUCGUUGAUUGGGCAGUACGCAGAUAAAAACGCAGUGUUGGUCGACGUUCUAAUUGAGUGCGGAGCCGUGCCAUUUGUUCGCACUAACGUUCCGCAGACACUUGCGUGGCCAGAAUCCUUCAAUUAUGUCUUCGGCCGGACAACUAACCCAUACAACCGCUCCCUGACCUCGGGUGGGUCAUCAGGAGGAGAGGGUGCAUUGAUCGCCCUCAAAGGAAGCCCACUGGGAGUUGGUUCUGAUCUCGGAGGCUCUAUUCGUAUCCCCUCUGCAUUCUGUGGCUUAUACGGCCUGAAACCGUCAUACGGGCGUGUACCGUACUCUGGUACCCGCGGCACACUUGAGGGCCAAGACUCGCUUGUCCCCGUGCUUGGUCCCAUGACGAACAGCGUCGUCGGGGUCAAAGCUUUCAUGAAAGCUGUCGUGAACGCUAAACCAUGGCUCAAAGAUCCUCUUGUGGUUCGGAAGAAAUGGGACGAGGACGAGUACAAUCUUGCGGACCAUGGCUUUGGCAAGGAUUUGUGCUUUGCAAUCAUGUGGGACAAUGGUGUCGUUGUUCCCCACCCACCUAUCAGGAGGGCUCUGGAAAUCACUAAAGCAGCUCUCCAGAAGGCGGGCCACAAAGUCGUUGACUGGAAACCCAUCAAGCACAGAGAGCUUGGAGAUAUAACGGCAAGCAAUAUCUUUUACACCAUGCAGCGAGGCAUCAUGAACGCUGCUUCUGCCGAGGAAUUCAUGAUCACGACCUCUGUCACAGGGGAGCCAUUAAUCACCACAAUGGAACUGGACGACGCAGAUACUGCUGUAGCAACUUUCCGUCCGCAGAAUGAUGGUCUGACCGUAUACCAGCUCUGGCAAGUGCAGAAGCUGCGUCAAAAUAUCCGGAUGGAAUAUUUAGACCACUGGGAAGCAACUGUGUCAGAGACUGGGACAGGACGGCCUGUCGACGCCAUCAUCUGUCCGGCCGCACCGUUUGUGGCAACUCCCCAUGGGAAGAACAGGUCAGUGUACGUCGACUACACCAUCGUUUGGAAUGCGCUCGACUAUCCCGCUGCCGUUUUCCCUGUGACAACUGUCGACUCCACUCUCGAUGGCAAGGCGCCCCCUCAUGGUUUCUACGACGACUUCGAUAAGGACAUCUACGAAAUGUACGAUCCGGAGAAAUUCAAGAAUGCCCCUGUUUGUUUGCAACUUGUCGGUCGGACUUUGGAAGAAGAGGCGGUUAUAAGAAUGACAGAAAUUGUCGAUGCAGCGGUUGCAGCUGCCAAGUAAAUCCAAUGUAAACCUAUCGAAACGCAGAAAUACUGGUUAUGAAUUCAUGACGAAUAAAUCG